GAAAGAAAAAAACACACUCUUGAGUGUGAUUUGUUUGUUAAGCAGAAGAAUGCUGGAGGCCACAAACCACCCGUGUUAUCAACUGUUGUUAUCAACUGAUCAGCUGAUGAUCGAUACUAGAAUCAGGAUGUGCGCGAUAACAACCUUUGCAUCGAAAUAGUAACAGUACCGCUUUUUCGGAUUGAAGUUCUAGUCCUGGUCCUGUGAAACGUGAUUUUAAGAGUUUCUUAAAGUGCAGUUAGGUUGGUACCGUGUGGAAGAAACACUAUGGCAGUUUCAAAAUUCAGCGAUGUCGAUGAGUACGGGUUUCGGCGGGAACCGGAUUUCGACUACCAAUCGUACGAAAAUAUUAUGUCAAGCUACUUGGCGGUACUGACGUCGCGCAGUAUGAGGUGGCAAAAGUUCGUGAAAAGCGAAGAUAUGACGAAAAACCAGAGCAAACUUAAGCGCUUCGUCCGGAAAGGCGUUCCCGGUCCGAUGCGGGAGGAAGUGUGGAUGAAAACGUCUGGUGCGUUAAAGCUACAGCAACAACAGCCAACCCUCUAUCAAACACUGCUGACGUACGAGUUCGAUCAAGAAAUCUCCGAUCAAAUAAAGCUUGAUCUCCCACGGACGUUCCCGGACAACAUUCACUUCGAGCAGUACAAACUGGGUCUCUACAAUGCGUUGAUUGCAUUCGCGCAUGAGAAUCGAACAGUUGGCUACUGUCAAGGUUUAAAUUACAUCGCAGGACUGCUGCUAAUCGUAACGAAGAACGAAGAAUCUACGUUUUGGCUGCUCAAAGUAAUAGUCGAAAACAUUGUCCCAUUGUAUCACACAAAAACGAUGGACAACCUAAUCACGGAUAUCGAUGUACUGAGUGAACUGAUCAAACAACGUGUGCCGGAUGUCCACCGCCAUAUCUUCGACUUAGGGCUGCCCUGGCCUGUGAUAGCUACCAAGUGGUUUAUCUGCCUGUACGCCGAAGUCGUACCGACCGAAACCGUCCUCCGGAUAUGGGACUGUCUGUUUCUCGAGGGUAACAAAAUUCUGCUUCGUGUCGGGCUGACGGCAGUGGUACGGCUCCGGCAAGAGAUACUGGCCACGGACGAUAUCUCCACGUUGAUUGGUUUGUUUCGAUCGCUGGAAAAAUCGCCCGUCCUGAUGGACUGUCACGAGUUCAUCAAGAGCAUCUUCAAAGUGCCGGGUAACCUGCGCAGGUCACAGCUGACUACACUUCGGCGACGGCUAUACGAUGAACGGAUGGCUAGCAAGCACAAUGGUUCCUAGGGGUUAGAGAACUAUAUUCAGAAGAGAUACAGACUGAAUAUAGUGUGAAUCGUAAAAAAUGAUCAUUUCCGCGGCAACGGUGAUUAAGCCAAAGUAAACUUUGCUACGAAAUCUGGCAGCUUUAGUCGCAUCUAAAACUGUGACCAAGGGAGUCUUUUUGUUCCCACGAAACCAGAACCUCCAGUUCAUCAUCAGCACUCAUCAGCAAGUUAAGUGCAUUUUUCUUUUUUUCUUUACUUAUGAAGUUUAUUUAUUUUAUAGUAUUGACUGGCUUGGUUCACUGGACUCUAGUCUUUGUUAAUGCGAAUAUUAAAUGUGUGACUUUUGCUGAACAACAAACGAUGGAAAUUUCAGUUCCUUAUGUUGCUGAUAUUAGUUUAAAUCAACAACCAUCGAUCAAUGAGUGCUAAAUCCCUAUGUGUACACUUCUACUUCUUUUUUAUUUAAAUAACAACAUUAUUUUGUGUAGACUAGGUAUUUUGACCGAGGGGUCAAUUUGAAAAAAGAGAUGAACCACGUGCAAGAUGAUGCGAUGAAGCACGAUGUUUAAACAAACCACAUUUCUCUUGUGCGGCGCGUGCCGUGUGUGGUGGGGAUAAUGGUGCGCCUGUUGAUAAAUAUUAUUCGAGAUGCAAACGUUAGUGCUGCGGUAACUAAAUAGCAAGAGAUAGCGCCACUUUCUUGUGAACGACACUGCCAGGCCUGUUGCCGCCACAAGUGUGCGGCAGACGCUUUUUGGACCAGUGUUGAAUUACAAUACAAACGGUUAACCGAGUUCCAUUAAAAUAAUAACAGUAGAGUAGGUUGUUAGUGUUGUUGCUUGGUAUUACUGCGAGAUAUUUGGAUACAUUUUUAGAAAUUAAAAACAAAUAUGUACAUAACAAGUAUGUAAUAGUGAUAUUUUAAACCUUAUUCAUGUAGUGCUUCAGCAUUACCCAAAACAUUAU